GUAUAUCAUUAUAGUGUUGUUCUUCGGCGUUUUUUUAUUAUUUUUUCUUUUAAUUCUGAUUUAAAAGCAAUUUGCGACGUUGCGGGAAAUAUUUUGAAUUAUAUGAAAUAAUUUUAAGACAGAACUGGGCAUUUAAUAGAUUGAAAAAUGUCUCGUAGAUACGAUUCACGAACGACGAUAUUUUCUCCAGAGGGACGGCUUUACCAGGUUGAAUACGCAAUGGAAGCGAUUGGUCAUGCUGGUACUUGUCUCGGGAUUCUUGCAAAUGAUGGAAUUCUCCUCGCAGCAGAGAAGCGGAAUAUUCACAAAUUAUUAGAUGAAGUCUUUGAAUCUGAUAAAAUCUAUAAACUGGAUGAAAACAUUGCAUGUAGCGUUGCAGGAAUAACCUCAGAUGCAAAUGUUCUAAUAAAUGAACUGAGAGUUAUAGCUCAAAGAUAUAUGAUUCAAUACCAGGAGCCCAUUCCAAUAGAGCAACUUGUUGUCAGUUUAUGUGAUAUAAAACAAGCAUAUACACAGUUUGGGGGUCUUCGACCAUUCGGAAUAUCUGUUUUAUAUAUGGGAUGGGACAAGCAUCAUGGAUUUCAACUUUACCAAUCAGAUCCGAGUGGGAAUUUUGGAGGAUGGAAGGCUACAUGUAUUGGACAUAAUAGCCAGGCUGCUGUAUCCAUGUUGAAGCAAGAAUACAAGGAAAAUGAUACGACAAUCACAGGUGCAUUGAAACUUGCUGUGAAAGUUCUCAGCAAAACACUUGACACAAAUAAAUUAACAUCUGAAAAGGUUGAGAUGGCUACAUUAACCAGAGUAGACGGCAAGACUGUCAUAAAAAUUCUGCCAAAUUCUGUCAUUGACAAAGAAUGUAAAGUAUAUGAGGAAGAAAAAGCGAAGGAAGAAGCUGAAAAAAGGGAAAAAGAGAAAAGAUUAACUCCUAAAAAGACUCCAAAGAAGUGAUUCUGAACAUUGACUGAAUAGAUAAUUCAUAUUUUGAUACUUUUUUCGAGUUCCAAUCUGAAGGCUGCUUUCAUAUGCCAAGAUUCAGGCAAUACAUGUCGCACAAGCAUGCCGCAAUAGGAUUCGGAUAUGUGAAUAAAAGCUAGUAAUAUUGUUCAUAUAA